AUGCGCUCUGCACUCAGCUCUUCCUCCUCGGAUGCCCAGGUGGAGGUUGUGGCGGCGGCAGGACGGCACCGCAUGGUUACACGCGCCCUCAUAAAAGGAAGAAGUCCUCUAGGGCAGCUGGACGGGCCUGUCGGUGGUGUGCUGCGAUGCAUUUGCACUGCGUACCUCGUCUCCACGCAGGAGACGCUGUUGGAGUGUCAUCGCUGCCGGAAUUGGUGUCACCCUGCCUGUGUAGGUGUCGACCACGCAGAGUUGCGGCGGUACCAGGUAGAAAACAGUUUUGUGUGUCCUUUCUGUACAGGGAUGCAUAAGCGUCUGCGUCGUGAGUCUCAGUCACCUGCCCCACGACAACCGCCUCUGCGUCUUCGCGAGGUUCCAGAUCGUCUGCCGUUUGGAUCUGUCAUGCAGCUGCGUCAUCUACUAAGGAUUGCCACGCGGGCUGCCCAUGAGGCUGGCUUUGUGGUAGUCGACCUUCCCGUGAUGCUGCUCACCGCCACCAUGGAGAAGGAGUGUCUGGAGUGCUGCGAGGAGGCCAUUAAGGAGGCCACCUUUUCCGACCAGUACCCGGCCUACUGCCUGAAGGAGGUGCGGGAACGGACUCACCCAUACGUGCAAGGGACGUUGCUCCGCUGCACACAAACUGGGCGUGUUGUAUCUAUGGUUCUAUCAAAUGGAAUGGACGUGUACGGAAACCUGCGGCAUACAAUCACACAGUUAAAAAGCGGUAUCAACAGAGGACUUAUUGAUAGGAGGCAUCAGACAGCGUUUAUGGCAUCCUGUGCAAAAUUAACUGACAUCUCGGACUUUGUCCACAUUACGUUAAGUGCGACACAUAGAGACUACCAACGAAGGGGGCUUGCACGAAUUCUGAUGGUGAUAGAUCUACUAAAAUGGGCACUACGGGGUCGCACGCGCGCCUACUUGAAUAUGGCGCUGGAAAAACGCGUUGUCGACAGCGGGACACGUUUGGAGUGUGUAGCAUCGCCGGCUUCCCGACGGUUGUAUGAGUCCUUUGGCUUCAGGGACGUCUACCCGCGUUUUGAUCGCGAGACGGAUGAGGCGCGUUGGACUCCAAAAGAGGUGGAUAUGGGUCGUGUGAUGGCGCAUAUGAACUUUGUGGAGGAUGUGGUCCAAAUUGCGAUGCGGUACGAAGCAGAUGGUGCCAAGGCGGAUGCUCGCCACGGCAGAGCGACGGCUGUUACCGGGACACGUAUCAGGGCAACUUCCUCGCCAUCUCCACCUGCGGUGAAAAAACGUCUCUCGUUGCUUGCGAAGCGAGGUUGA